AUGGAAACUGAGUCGAGGUUCGUGGUGUUGGUCUCCAGCGAUGGCGAGGAGUUCAAAGUCCCCAGAGAUGUCGCUUCUGCCUCUUUGCUGGUGAAGUCCAUGACUGAAGAUGGAGACGAAACCGACGUGGUUCCACUCCCCAAAGUCAGCAGCGCUAUUCUCAAAAAGGUCGUCGAGUACUGCACCCACCACCACGACAACCCCCCGGAGGACAUUCCCACCCCGCUCAAGACCAGCAACUUGGCGGAGGUUGUUUCUGAAUUCGACUUCAACUUUGUCAACGUGGAGCAGACGGUGCUUUUUGAUUUGCUGCUGGCAGCAGACUACUUGAACAUUCCCUCUUUGCUGCUGCUCACCUCGGCUAAGGUGGCUUCUAUGAUCAAGGGCAGAAGCCCGGAGGAAAUUCGCAGGGAGUUUAAUAUCGUCAACGACUUCACCCCAGAGGAAGAGGCUCAGGCAAGCGCUGCUGCUGCUGCUGCUGCUGCUGUAGGAUUUGUUUGCCGAUUAGGGAGGAAAAUCGCUGGUGCGAAGAUGCUUGAGUGCGCGGACCUGCUGCUGCAGCAGAGAAGCGCAGCAGCAACAGCAGCAGCUCGGCAGCAGCAGCGAAAGCAGCAGCACUUUGUACAGAGUGAACACUGCGCUCACAUUCUCUGCAGUUCUUUUAGCUUUGCAGCAGACAGCAGCAGCAGGGCCCCUCUGGCUGCAGCCCCUUAG